AUGGCGGAGACGAGUGCGUCCGAAGCUGCCACAGACGAAAGCGAGGACGCCGAAGAUGACGAACCUAGUCUUUGGGCUGAGGCGCUUCAAAAAGCGCCGGUGCCUUCGGAGCCGCCAAAGAUGCGGCCAGAGCCGUUUGCCGGUGAGGCCUCGGCUGAAGGCCUCCGAAUGAGGGUGGCGAGGACGAGUCGGACGAGCUGCGUGAGCCACAUGCGGUCCGACGGCUCUGCCUUCUCCUACCCGUUCCUUUCCGUGGACAGCUUGACACGAGUGGAGGAAGUGGAGGAGGGUCGGCCCGAGGGCCGGAGCGAGGAGGAGGUGGAGGCAACAGUGGAGCGCUGGACUGCCUAUCUCCACCCUCGCGCCAAGGAGGUCUACGACGAGUCGAGCCUGGAGGAGUGCCUCCGCUGCCUCGCCCGGUCGAUUGACCGAGACCCGCUCCUUACACGGUCCGGCUGCUCGCUUUGGUGCGGUUCGGUGGUGGGCCAAGAGGCGGUCUGCCCGCUGAGGCUCCCGGGCCAUCCUUCCGAGUCCAUGACCUACGCCAACCGCAUGGUCGCCUUCCUCUUCGUGACGGACAGCUGCUUCGAAGAGAUGUGCCAGCUUCCGGAUCUGCCUCUCAGAAUGGUCUGUGGCAAUCAGCUAUGUGUGCGCUUGGACCACAUGAGUGAGUCUGAAGUGAACCCAGUUUGA